UCUUUUGCCUCCAAGUACUGAAGAUAUAGCAACAUGGACCUCGUCCAGAAAUACGGCCACCUCAAGCGCGACCGCCGCAAGAGCUCCGCGCAGCGCGAACUGGCCGAGGCGGAGAGGCACCAGGAUCAGCAGCGAAUCAACGAGCUGUUAGGCAGUUUCGGGGGCGCGGCGAACGAUCACCCGGAUCGGCGAUCGAGCGGGGCGGGGAAUAUGGCGAGUAUGAUUCAGGAGUUUAAUGCGCGGUAUGGUUGACUCAUUCCUUUCGUUCACGGACAAAACUGUUUGUGGAGAGUUGGGUUGGGGAGGGGCUGAUGUGUGAGCUGUAGACGGAACUCGGAGUCGAUGGGCGAGGG